GCAUGUUGUUAAAGAAUUUUUAGUUGCUAUUGAAGAUUUUUAGAAUUUAUGGACAAUUAAUCUGAUUAUUUGGAUACUGUUAAAAAAUCUGAUUAUUUGCUAUUUGUUUACUGUAACACUGUUGAUUUUUAGAAUUUAUGGACUAUUAAUCUUAUUUAUGGACUAAAAGUUGCUAUUAAAGAUUUUUAGAAUUUAUUAUUUGCUAUUUGGUUACUCUUAAUCUGAUAAUCAAGAUCUUUUUAGUUGCUGUUAAAAUAUGUUAAUACUAUCAGAUUCCAUGCCGUUUAAGAAAAAUAUGUGUAAUCCACCUGGUCCGUGUCAUUGAGCAUGCAGAUAGUUUUUGUGAAAAUUAUUGCAAGUUCUCAAACUUGAUUUACAAUCUAUGUUUUCUUUAUUUGUUUUUUUGAAGGUUUUCAAGCACAAUUUGAUAUUGGAGAUUGAAAUAGCCAAUUGAAUAUAUUUUAGGUUCAAUCAAUGUAGUUUAAUGAACUUUUGGAACAUUUCAUUUGUUCAAAAUUUUAUGUUGGAUAGAUAAUUGAUUAAUUGUUGUGUUACGAUGAAUUUGUAAUAUAAUUAUUUUGUUUUAGUAUAUUUAAAUUUUCUAAUUCAGGUUUGUUAUUUGGGUUAUAAUAUCCAAAUCUUUAAAUUUUUUGUCAUUGAAUUGAAGUAAUAAAAUCCGGUUCGGUCGGGUUCGGGUAUUGUGUGGGUACUAUUAAACGGAUUUGGAAUGGGUAUGGGUAGUAAAAUUAAAAUGCUAAACGGGUUUGGGACGGGUUCGUGUAUUUUACAUGUAAUCGUGUUCGGAUUUGGAUACUCUCAAUUUUGCGGGUACUCUACCCGUUUACAUCCCUGUAUAUGAUGUUCCUCAUUGCAUAAUGUUUUGAACAUUAUAACUUAUUCUCGUUGCAUUCUCUCGCUUUCUCUUUUAUUUUUUUUUGUAUUUUUAUGUUUUAUAAAUGGAGUUUGAAACUGAUAUUGAUUAGUCCUAGUAAACCUUUUUCACUGAUUUUUUUUUUUUUGUGAAAAAUCCAAUUUUAGGAUGUUAGAGUUAAUUUUCUGUCCUCUUCUAUUACAAAUUUUAAUGUGGAAUUCAUUGUUUCAACAACAAUUUUAUAAUUGUAAUGAACAAAAGGCUUUUUCUUCAAUGCAUGCUUAUAAUUAUAAUGGAAUAAAACUUUUUUUUUUGAGGGAUAUCAAAUGUGUUGACACUUGACAUGCAUAUACAUGUAUGUCUGCUAGAAUAUAUUUGUCAAUUAUUAUAGAACUUAUAGUUCGUUCCUUACUUUUUUUUCCCCAAGUUUUCCUUGGUAGCAGUCAUGGAAACUGGUGUAACCAGUUCUGGACCUGCUGAUGGUUUUAUAUCAUUAAUGGACCAAAAUGCGGUCAAUCCGGGGCCACUUGAUGCUUCUGUACUUUAUGACCAAGAAAACCAUGUCUCCUCAGCAGUAUGGGAUGGGCAGGAGCGUGGUGUGCUUAGAUGUCAUGAACACACUUCAAAAUUGGGUGAAUGGAGGCUUAUGCAACAACAAAUUGAGUUGGUGGAGAAGGCUGGAUUUGGAUAUUUAAGGAGGUUUCCUUCUAUUAGUCUAGACAAUCCACUCAUUUCUGCUCUUGUUGAGAGAUGGAGGAAAGAAACAAACACCUUUCAUUUGAGGAUUGGAGAAAUGACUAUAACCCUUGAAGAUGUCGCGUUGUUGCUUGGGUUAGCAAUUGAUGGAGAACCUGUCCUAGGUGUAACAUAUACUUCAUGCAAGUCUGUCUGUGAAAAAUUUCUGGGAAAGGUCCCUGAUGCUGGGUACAUGAGUGGUGGAAUGGUAAAGCUAAGUUGGUUGAAAGAGUACUUCUCUCAGUGCCCUGAUGAUGCACCAAUGGAAGAGAUUGAGCGCCACACCCGUGCUUACCUUUUGUACCUUGUGGGAAGUACAAUCUUUUCUACUACUACUGGAAAUAAAGUGCCUAUCAUGUACCUCCCGCUGUUUGAGAAUUUUGAAAAUGCAGGAAAGUAUGCAUGGGGUGCUGCAGCAUUGGCUUUUUUGUACAGAGCACUUGGUAGAGCAUCUCUUAAAUCUCAAAGUACAAUCAGCGGUUGUUUAACACUACUACAGUGUUGGAGUUACUUUCACCUUAAUAUUGGCCGACCAAACUUUUAUCAAGAGCCAGUCCGUGAUUGUUUCCCAUUUGUACAUUGGUGGAAGGGAAAACAAAGCGCUGCAACAGUGAAACAUGACAUAAUAUUUUAUCGUAAGGUGUUGGACUCCCUAAAACCAUGUGAUGUAGAGUGGCUUCCUUAUAAUAAUUUGGACAGUAAAUUAAUCCCCAAAAAUAUUGCAAGUAGUUUGAUUCUUGGGAGAUCAAAGACGAUGUUGAUCUGCUUCGACAAGGCAGAAAGACACCUUCCAGAUCGUUGCUUAAGGCAACACGGCAUGCUUCAAGGAAUCCCAAAAGAUGUAGAGCACUGGGAGAGAAAGAGCCGUGGAGUUGAUAGUGGGGUAGACCUGUCAGGGAAAAUGGAAUCGGAGGUUAGUGAAUGGUCAGCCCGUAAACUCCACAUUAUGCAAUAUGAUGGUGGCGUUGAUGAAAGUGAAUACAUGCACUGGUAUUCAAGAAUUACUCGGAAAUUUGUAGGGAGGCCUGUGUCUCCCUUGCCUCAGUUUCAAAGAGCAGUAAAGUUCAGAACCAAAAAGAAGAGAAUGAAUGCUGGCUUAAGAGAUAUUGCACAUAUAGCAGAUACAUUCUUAACCCAAGGGUUGGAUCCCAUGCAAAUUGAGUCUAUAACCAGGAUCAGGUCUAUUGCACAUGAUUGUUUAGGAGACCACGUCACAGGCGAAACAGUAGUUUCCGUCAAUACACAGAGAGUAGAUCAUGUUGAAGGUACAGCAAUAGUUGCAUCCCCUUCACAGAAAGAAGACUAUGUUGGAGAUGCUACCAUGGUUGCAGCAGCCAUUGCAGAGAAAGAAGACCAUGGCGAAGGUGCAACCAUUGUUGUGGUCCCUUCACAAAAUGAACUUGGCAAAAGAAAAAGGGAAAAGGAACGUGUGAGAAGGAACACCAAGGGUAAACGUAAGAGGAAGGAUGAUUCAAUACAAUAUUAUACAGCUAGGGAGGGUGAACCAAUUCAAUUUUAUGCUACACCAUUCAGGGGUGAUCCCGUGCAUUUAUGUUGUCAUUGUCGUGUUAUUAGUCACAUUGAUCAUUCAUCUAUUAAAUUUGGCAAAAGGGUGAAGAAAAAGGAUAAAGCUAGAAAGAAAUUGAGCAAGAAGACAAACCGGAAACACAAGAGGAAAGAUGAUGGUGCACAAUGUGAUGCAGCAGGUGAGGAUGCCCAAUCUCCGUUUGACAGUGUAGCUACCAAGGACAAUCAGAUUCAGUUAUCUCCUGCCAAUAUCAAGGAUGACGAACUGGAGGUAGUUUUUGCAGCUGGUGAGGAUGAAGGUUUGCUGCCGCAUCAUGCUGGUGCUGAUUUCGAUUUUUCUCAAACAAGUCAUGCUGCUGUUGAAGGUGAGCGAUCAGAGGCACAGCAUGCAACUUCUGAAGGUAAAACAGCAGAGAUGAGUAACGCAGCAAACAUGGUUAUUGACCCAAAUAGUAGUGACGUAGCUCAUGAAAUUAAUGACCUGAAUCUUUCUCCUGCUGCUGGUGAGAGUUUUCCACAAACAGCUAAAGUUGAAGGAGUGGUUGUACCAGGGUCAUCUGCUGAAAGUGAGAAGGAUGCUGCACAGCACAAUGAUAUUGGAAUUGAAGUUUUGACUGAAGGUGUCAUCAUGAACGAAUGAAUCUUUGCAAAUAUUAAGUUAGCCGGAGUUGCAUUUGGACUACAGGUUUUUUGCUCGAUUCUUGAUUCUUCAAAUUUCUUGACUGCACUGGAUUGCCUAACAUCUGUACAAUUGCUGGAAAGCCUGGGGUGGUGGGUGGGUCUGGCACAAAGCAAAAUGAGUCGUAUGAAUUAUGAUCUCUAAGUUUCUCUUACUAUUGGGCCUCUUGACAGUUGAACAUAGGAUGCCUGUUUAACCGUGCACUCUCUGGUUGUAGCUUAUUGAAUGGGUUCUAUUAAUAUAGGGGGGAAAAUCUAGAGCUUGUCAUCUGCAUGCGCUUCUUGUUCAAUUUCAAGCUUGUUUUAUUCAAAUGGAUUACUUCUGAAAAAGUGAGAAAUUUAUUUUUCUGCAA